AUGCCCAUCCUGCUAAAGGGGGUCAAUCGAUAUGGUGAUCCUGCUUCGCGUCUACACGUUAAAGCCAUGUACAUCUCGUCUACUGCUCGGUCUUCCGUCCUCAAUGUCGUGCAAGGCGCAAUCACCACUGGUCGCCUUGAUAUCGAAGAGAAUGGCGAGGUGUAUUGCUACGGGCAAGUGGUCAACGAUUGUAAACCUAUCAGACUGCGCGUCCUUGAUGACAACUUUUGGAUGAGAGUGGCGAUGUCCGGCGGGCUCGGAUUCAGCGAAGCAUAUAUGGCUGGAGAGAUUGAAGUCAGUGAUAUUACAGGGAUUCUUGAGCUCUUUAUCGAUAAUUUAAGCUUAGUCUCGAACGUGGCAUCAAUCUACGGUCGAUUAGCUGCCAAGCUCACCAGCCUUUCAAACUCCUUCAUCAAUCAGAGUCGCUUUACGGCUAGACUGAAUGCCAUUGCAAGUUACGACCAAUCCAAUGAUAUCUUCCAGGCCUUCUUGAGCAAGGAAAUGAUGUAUUCGUGUGCGUUGUGGAGCGGUGAGGAAGACGGUGUAGAUGGUGACCUUACGCAUGGGCCCACGUCCGACGACCUAGAGAAAGCCCAAAAACGCAAACUCCAUCGUGUGCUACAGCAGGCGCGAGUGAAACCAGGUCACCGAAUUCUCGAGUUUGGUUCCGGCUGGGGUGGACUCGCUAUCGAGGCACGCUUACGCACUGCUGCGCGUAGCUACGGUUGUGAAGUCGAUACGUUCACGCUGUCUAUCGAGCAGAAGACACUCGCUGAAGAGCGCAUCCGGGAGGCAGGCCUGGAGGAUCGUAUUCGUGUUCACCUACGUGACUACCGUGAUAUCCCCGCGGAAUUUGAAAACAGUUUCGAUGCAUUCAUCAGCAUUGAAAUGCUAGAGCACGUUGGGCCCAAGUGGUACAAUACUUAUUUCAAGACUGUGGACUUCGCACUCAAGAAGCGCAAUGCGACAGCCGUGGUUUGCUCUAGUACGUUCCCGGAAGGGCGGUAUAGUGAUUAUCAGGCUGAAGAUUUCAUGCGGCGCUACAUGUGGCCCGGCUCGUCCUUGCCAAGCGCGACUGUACUGAUCAAUGCCGCCCAUGCUGGAUCUCAGGGUCGCUUUACUCUCAAUCACGUGGAGAACCACGGAGCCCACUACCCGCGCACCCUUCGGACAUGGGGUCGCCGCUUGAAAGCCAACUUGAGCCAAGAUCUGAUCGCGCGGACGUACCCCGCGUUAAAGGACGACAUUCAGUUCAGAAUGUUCCUUCGGAAGUGGGAGUAUCAAUUCGCAUACGCAGGCGCAGGUUUCACCAAGGGUUACUUGACUUGUCAUAUGCUGACAUUUACUCGGACGGACGAUCCUUCUCCGCUUGUAUAA